GAAGAGCCUCUGUAAUAAUUGAUUAGUGUUUAGGAGCUGCCGCGGGGGCGGGAGGUGGAGGUGGAGGUGGAGGCGCGGUCCUAUUUCAGCCCUGACGCGUUGCCUCUAGGGAGGAAACGGAGCUGCAAAGUCAGUCCUGCUCUGCUGUACAGGGGCGCAGGGAGGACGCAGAGCCAAUCACCGGGACGCACCGGGAUCCCUUUAAGCCUGACAUAUCUGCUCCAGGAACAAAUUGUCCCGGCAAUCAACAUAGAAUAUCUGCCGUAGAGUGGAGGGCGCGCGGCGAUCCGCCGAGACCUAGGAGAGGAGCGGAGAGUGGGCAGGCCCAGCGCGGAAGGAUUUGCUGCGAGAAAAGAAAUAAACGUCAGCUUUUCUGGGGGGAGGAUUUUCUUGCGGACAUCAUGUCGAUUUUACCGUCUUUCGGCUUCACCCAAGAGCAAGUGGCGUGUGUGUGCGAGGUGCUGCAACAGGGAGGCAACCUGGAGCGGCUCGGCCGCUUCUUGUGGUCUCUCCCCGCCUGCGACCACCUCCACAAGAACGAGAGCGUCCUGAAGGCGAAGGCGGUGGUGGCCUUCCACCGAGGCAACUUCCGGGAGCUGUACAAGAUCCUGGAGAGCCACCAGUUCUCGGCGCACAACCACCCCAAGCUGCAGCAACUGUGGCUUAAGGCGCACUACGUGGAGGCGGAGAAGCUGCGCGGCCGGCCGCUCGGCGCUGUGGGGAAGUACCGGGUGAGGAGGAAAUUCCCAUUGCCGCGCACGAUAUGGGACGGCGAGGAGACCAGCUACUGCUUCAAGGAAAAAUCCAGGGGCGUGCUGCGGGAGUGGUACACGCACAACCCCUACCCGUCCCCGCGGGAGAAGAGGGAGCUGGCCGAGGCCACGGGACUGACCACGACGCAGGUCAGCAACUGGUUCAAAAACAGACGGCAAAGGGACAGGGCCGCGGAGGCCAAGGAAAGGGAGAAUAGUGAAAACAACAACGCAGGCGGCAACAAACAGAACCAGCUGUCCCCGCUGGACGGAGGAAAGUCUCUCAUGUCCAGCUCGGAGGACGAAUUUUCGCCCCCCCAGAGCCCCGACCAGAACUCUGCGCUUUUGCUCCAGGGCAACAUGGUCCACCCCGGGGCCUCCGCGUACUCCAUGCCCGGCCUCGGGGCCCCACAGCCGGUGCACAGCAUGCACGGACACCCGCACCAGCUGCAGGACUCCUUGUUGGGACCAUUAACCUCCAGCCUUGUGGAUUUAGGCUCUUAAAGACGCUAUUUUAUUUGACGAAGAAAAAAAAAUACAGAAAAGGACCGAUGAGUGUAUCAGAUUGAUGUAUGAAGUAACACUAUUGUAGCCUAAACCUAUAUAGACUGACUUGUCCGUCGUUAAAUUUGAUUGGAACGUAAAAUUCUUUUAUGCGCUUAAUCUGUAUAUUACCCCGACAGGAGGUUUUUAUCAUCUCUUGCACAUACAAAAAAACGAAAGAAAAAAAGUAGUCACACACACAUACACACACACACACACACACACACACACAAGACUUAAAACCCUUGACGAAACACUUUACGUGGACUGCCUUUAAUUUAUAUUUUGUUAAAAUAAUUUUAGUCAGGUCCUGCACUGAAAAUUAAAGUACUUAAUUUGAUUAUCGCUUACACAAGAUGAAAAUGUAGUAAACCGACAUAUUUCCCCCACUUUUCUCGAAAAUAACCAAAUAAUACGUUAGUUUAACACAUUUUAAUCAUGUGCAAUUCAAUUCAAAGGACUUUUUUCAGUGUGCCAUUACUUUCAAAUAAAACAAAAAGUGAUGCUUUUGUCUUGCGUAUUCAUCAUUCGUUUACAUCAGUGGAUUCACCCCCCCCCCCAAAAAAAAAGAAAAGAAAAAUCGCAUUCAUCGCGUCCAAAAAAUACAAAAAAUAAAAAUAGAGGCAUUCCGGUAUAUGCGUUGUAACACACAGUUUUGGGCAAGUACGACUCACAAUGACUAAAAUGUGGUCACUUCUAGAGUUGAAAGUCGAUAAAGGUAUUGCAGUACAUCGUGUUA